AUGAGCAGCCCGUGCCUGCUGAGCGCGGCCCCCAUCAGCCAACCCCGGCUCCGAGAGGUUAAGAUCAGCCUGAAGGCCGGCAGCAGGGAGACCGCCGCCACCCGGAGCGGCGGCGGCGGGACCAAGGAGGCGUCGGGCGGCCGCCCCCGCGCCCCCGCGGAGAAAGAGGCCGCCGCUCGGGUCGGCGCGAGCCGGAGCAGGAGCAUGCCGCCGGUCCACCGGGCCCAGAGAGCCGAAGGCAGGAAGGCGGCGAGGGGUGGCGGCGGCGGUGGCAGCAGGAAGCAGCAGGAGCCUGAACGCCACGCGGAGAACAACGGCGCUCUCCUGCACAUCCCGCUCGCCGCGGGACCCUCCCCGCUGUCGUCGUCCUCCUCCUCGUCCUCCUCCGGCACCCCUAGACGUCAGCGGCCCGCUAAACCUCCCACCGCCCCCCUCCUCUCCUCCUCUUCCUCCUCCACCACCACCUCCUCCUCCUCAGCUAAAAGUAUGAAGCGGGCACGCUGGCUGAGCUUCAGCACCUCCAACAUCUGUUUCAACACCAUCCUGGAUGGACGCUUCAGGCAGCUGCAAGAUGAGCGCGAGGCUGUUCAGCAGAAGACAUUCACCAAGUGGGUCAACUCCAUCCUGUCCCGGGUCGGCUGCCGCAUCUCCAACCUCUACCUGGACCUGCGGGACGGGCGCAUGCUCAUCAAACUGCUGGAGGCGCUGGCCGGCGAGCGACUUCCGAAACCCACCAAAGGCCGAAUGCGCAUCCACUGUUUGGAGAACGUGGACAAGGCUCUGCAGUUCCUCAAAGAGCAGAGGGUCCACCUGGAGAACAUGGGCUCCCACGACAUCGUGGACGGCAACCAUCGCCUCAUCCUCGGCCUCAUCUGGACCAUGAUCCUUCGCUUCCAGAUCCAGGACAUCGUCGUGGAAACGGGCCAGGCGGACCAGAAGGAGACGCGCUCAGCCAAGGACGCUCUUCUUCUGUGGUGUCAGAUGAAAACGGCAGGGUAUCCCAACGUCAACAUCAGAAACUUCACCACUAGCUGGAAAGACGGCAUGGCCUUCAACGCUCUCAUACACAGACACCGGCCAGAUUUGGUGGACUUUGGCAACCUGAAGGGGUCAAACCCGACCCACAACCUCCAGAGCGCCUUCAAUGUAGCCGAGCAGCAGCUCGACGUCACCAAGCUGUUGGACCCCGAAGAUGUGUUCACAGAGAACCCGGACGAGAAGUCCAUCAUCACGUACGUGGUGGCAUUCUACCACUACUUCUCCAAGAUGAAGCAGCUCGCCGUCGAGGGCAAGAGAGUCGGAAAGGUUCUGGAUCACGCCAUCGAGACAGAGGAGAUGAUCGCUAAGUACGAGACGCUGGCGUCGGACCUGCUGCCGUGGAUCGAGCAGACCAUCGUCGUGCUGAACAACCAGAAGCUCGCCAACUCGCUGACGGGAGUCCAGCAGCAGCUUCAGGCCUUCAACACGUACCGCACGGCGGAGAAGCCGCCCAAGUUCCAGGAGAAGGGGAACCUGGAGGUUCUGCUCUUCACCAUCCUGAGCCGCAUGCGGGCCAACAACCAGAGGGUCUACACGCCCAAAGAGGGAGCCCUGGUCGCAGACAUCAACAAAGCCUGGGGCCGCCUGGAGAGGGCGGAGCACGUGCGGGAGCGAGUCCUGAGGGAUGAGCUGAUCCGGCAGGAGAAGCUGGAGCAGAUGGCCAGGAGGUUCGACAGGAAGGCGGCCAUGAGGGAGACCUGGCUGCUGGAGAACCAGAGGCUGGUGGCGCAGGAUAACUUUGGUUACGACCUGCCGGCGGUGGAGGCGGCGAAGAAGAAGCACGACGCCAUCGAGACGGACAUCGACGCCUACGAGGAACGCGUCCAGGUGCUGGUGGGCAUCUCCGGGGAGUUGGAGGCCGAGCGCUACCACGACGCCAAGCGCAUCGACGCGCGCAAGGACAACAUGCUUCGCCUGUGGGACUACCUGCAGGAGCUGCUGAGGGCCCGCGGGGCGCGGCUGGACAAGAACCUGACCCUGCAGAGGAUCUUCCAGGAGAUGCUGCACAUCAUCAGCUGGAUGGACGACAUGAAGGCUCAACUCCUGGCUCCUGACUUCGGGAAGCACCUGUUGGAAGUUGAAGACUUGUUGCAGAAGCACGCUCUGCUGGAGAACGACAUCGCCCUGCAGGCGGACAGAGUGCAGGGCGCCAGCGCCGCCGCGCUCCAGUUCGCCAACGGAGACAGCUACAAGCCGUGUGAUCCUCAGGUGAUCCGGGACCGAGUGCAGCACCUGGACCUGUGCUACCAGGAGCUCUGUGCCCUGGCGGCCGAGCGGAGAGCUCGCCUGGAGCAGUCUCGUCUCUUCUGGAACUUCCUGUGGGAGGUGACGGAGCUGGAGAGCUGGAUCAGAGAGAAGGAGCACAUCUUCUCCUCCCUGGACUACGGCAAGGACCUGACGAGCGUCCUGCUGCUCCAGAGCAAGCACAGCGCCUUCGAGGAUGAGCUGUGGGCCCGCCGUGCCAACCUGGACCAGGUGCUGGCCGAAGGGGACCGGAUGAUCCGGGCCGAUCACUUCGGCUCCGCGAAGGUCGGAGAAUGCACGGACGACAUCGCCGGCCAGUGGCGGCAGCUGGAGGAGCUGGCCGGCUUCCGGAAACAGAACCUGCGCGACACACAGAGGUUCUACCAGUUCCAGGGCGAUGCCGACGAUCUCAAGGCCUGGCUGCUGGACGCCAAGAGGCAGAUGGGCGCCGACGACACGGGCCACGACGAGUACACCACCCAGCGGCUGCUGAAGAGGCACCGGGACCUGAGGAACGAGGCGAUGAAGAACGGCGCCACCAUCGGCGCCCUGUCCAAACAGGCCGGCGGGCUGCCAGAGGAGCUGCAGAACACCCCCGAUAUCCAGAGGCGCCUGAACGACGUCAAGGACCUGUUCCUGGAGCUCAUCUCGCUGGCUGACCUGCGGCAGAAGAGGCUCGAUGACGCUAUGGCGCUCUACACCAUCUUCAGUGAGACGGACGCCUGCGAGCUGUGGAUGGGCCAGAAGGAGACGUGGUUGGUGGGUCUAGAGGUGCCCGAGAAGCUGGAGGACCUGGAAGUGGUACAGAAUAGGUUGAGCAUUCUAGCUCAAGACAUGGCGAAUGUUCAGUCGAGGGUUGAUGACAUCAACAAAGCCGUGAAGCAGCUGGAGGACAGCAGACACCCUUGCACCAGAGAGGUCAAAGAGUGUCAGCUGCGACUGAAUAAGAGGUGGGAGGCCUUCAAGGCCACGGUGGAGGACAAGAAGAGGAGAGUGGAUUCCGCCGUCAGCCUGAACAAUUACGGGCUGGAGUGCGACGAGACCGCGUCGUGGGUCAGGGACAAGACGCGGGUCAUCGAGUCCACGCAGGACCUGGGCAACGACCUGGCGGCCGUCAUGACCAUCCAGAGGAAGCUGUGCGGCAUGGAGAGAGAUCUGGCCGCCAUCGAGAACAAGCUGGCCUUCCUGAGCGCGGAGGCCGAUCGGCUGGCCGCGGACCACCCGGAGGACGCGGCGGACAUCUUGGCCCGCCGAGGGGAUCUGGACGCGGCGUGGGACGCGCUGAAGAAGACCCUGAAGGACCGAGAGGACUCUCUGGGCGAGGUCAGCAAGCUGCAGACGUUCCUCCAGGACAUGGACGACUUCCAGUCGUGGCUUUUCAAGAGCCAGAAGGCCGUGGCGUCGGAGGAGACGCCCGCCUCCUUGCCGGAGGUCGAGGAGCAGCUCGGCCUCCACGACGCGGUGCGCGAAGACAUCAAGAACCACGAGGAGGACUAUCGCCUCGUGAGGGACACGGGGGCAAAGGUCACGCAGGGCCAGGAGGAGGAUCCUCAGUACCAGCAGCUGGAGCAGAGGCUGAAGGGGCUGGACCGCGGCUGGGCUGAGCUGCAGAAGAUGUGGGACAGCCGCAAGGACUUCCUGGACCAGGGUCUGGGCUUCCAGCAGUUCAUGAGGGACGGGAAAGCGGUGGAGGCCAUCCUCAACAACCAGGAGUACACCCUGGCCCACGUGGACGAGGCGGACACCUUGGCCGGGGCAGAGAAAGCUCUGAAGAAGCACGAGGACUUUGCGAGCACCAUGGAGGCCAACGAGGACAAGAUCGACGGCGCCCUGCGAGGCGGGCGGCGCCUGGUGGACGGCGGCAACCUCUACGCCGGGAAGGUGGAGGACAAGAUGACCUCGGUCCGAGACAGGCACAACCGGAAUAAGAGGAGAGCUCGGGAGGUGUCGGAAAAGCUGCGAGACAACAGCGACCUGCAGCACUUCCUGCAGAACACGCAGGAUCUGACCGUGUGGAUCAACGAGAAGAUGCUGACGGCUCAGGACACAUCGUACGACGAGGCCAGGAACCUCCACAGCAAGUGGCUGAAGCACCAGGCCUUCAUGGCCGAGCUGGCCUCCAACAAGGACUGGCUGAGCAACGUGGACCAGGAGGGUCACGACCUCGUGGAGUUCAAGCCCGAGCUGGAGCCCGUGGUGAGGGAGCGUCUGGCCGCCCUCCACGCGCUGUGGGACGAGCUGGAGUCCACCACGCAGGAGAAAGCCCGGCUGCUGUUCGACGCCAACCGCUCGGAGCUGUUCGACCAGAGCCUGGCCGACAUGAAGGCGUGGCUGGGGGGGCUGCGGCAGCAGCUGCAGGGCGGCGACCAGGACGUCAGGGACCUGACGAAGGCCAACAUCCUGCUGAAGAAGCAUCAGAUGACGGAGAACCAGGUGCGUGACCGGGCGCGGGAGCUGGAGGAGCUGCAGGAGGCCGUCACGAGGCACAGCGGAGGCCGGGAGGAGCAGCCGGAGCUGGAGGCCGAGCAGCGGGCCCUGCAGAGGGACUUCCAGCAGCUGCUCACGCCGCUGGCUCGGCGCCGGGGUCAGCUGGAGGCCAGCAGGGCCGUGCACCAGUUCUACAGAGACCUGGCCGACGAGCUGCUCUGGAUUGAGGAGAGGAUUCCUCUGGCAACGUCUCAAGAGCACGGCCACAAUCUUCAAACGGUGCAGAUGCUGCUGAAGAAGAAUCAGACGCUGCAGAGGGAGAUCGAGGGCCACCAGCCUCGCGUCGACGAAGUGCAAGAGCGAGGGAGGAGGAUGGCGGCGGCGGCGGCGGCCGGUGCGGAGGAGGGCAGCACGCCGGAGGCGGAGCUAAUUGCCGACCAGCUGCGGGAGCUGGAGGAGGCGUGGGCCCGGCUGCGGAACGAGAUGGCCGAGCGCCGGGAGAGGCUGAGCGGCGCCGACUCGGCGCAGCACUACUACAACGACGCCGAUGAGGCCGAGGCCUGGAUCGGGGAGCAGGAGCUGUACAUGAUCGCCGAGGACAAGGCCAAGGACGAGCAGAGUGCGAUACUGAUGCUGAAGCACCACACGGGCCUGAAGCAAGCCGUGGACGACUUCGCCGGCUCCAUCCGGAGGCUGGCCGACCGCGCCCAACAGAUGUUCGGCGGCGAGCACCCCGAUGGCGAGGAGGUCAUCAGGCGCCAGGGCCAGGUGGAGAAGCAGUACGCGGGGCUGAGGGAGCUGGCGGAGGACCGCGGGAUGAAGCUGGACCACACCUACCACCACUUCCUGCUGAGCCGCGAGGUGGAGGAGCUGGAACACUGGAUCGCAGAGAGGGACACGGUGGCCUCGUCCCAGGAGAUGGGCCAGGACCUGGACCACGUCACGCUCCUGAGGGACAAGUUCCGCGAGUUCGCCCGUGAGACGGGGAUGUUGGGCCAGGAGCGCGUGGACCUGGUCAACGGGACCGUGGACGAGCUGAUCGAAGCGGGCCACGCCGAGGCGGCCGCCAUGGCCGAGUGGAAGGACGCCAUCAACGAGAACUGGGCCGACCUGCUGGAGCUCAUCGACACGCGCGCCCAGCUGCUCACCACCUCCUACGAGCUGCUCCGGUACUUUGACGACGGGAAGGAGCUGGUGGCUCAGAUCCACGACAAGCAGAAGGAGCUGCCCGACGACGUGGGCGAGGACUUCAGCAAAGCCGAGUCGUUCCACAGGAUGCACGCCGCCUUCGAGAGAGACAUCAGCGCUCUGGGAAAACAGGUCCAACAGUUCCAGGAGACCGCCGCCCGGCUCCACGCCCAGUACGCAGGGGGCCGAGCGGACGCCAUCCAGGAGAAGGAGCGCGAGGUGGUGGAGGCGUGGCGGGGCCUGCUGGACGCCUGCGACGGCCGCCGGGCGCAGCUGGAGGACACGGCGGAGAAGUUCCGCUUCUUCGCCUUGGUGCGAGACCUGAUGGCCUGGAUGGAGAGCACCAUCCAGCAGAUAGAGACCCAGGAGAAACCAAGGGACGUCUCAUCGGUGGAGCUGCUGCAGAAGUACCACCAGGGGAUCCACUCCGAGAUCGAGGCCCGGGGAGCGACCUUCACUGACUGCCUGGACCUCGGCGCCGCCCUGCUGACGCGCCGGCACCGAGACUCUGCUGAGAUCAAAGAGAAGCUGGUGCAGCUGACGGAGAAAAGGAAGGAGAUGAUGUUCAAGUGGGACGACAGAUGGGACUGGCUGAGGCUCCUGCUGGAGGUGUGUCAGUUUGCGCGCGACGCCUCGGUGGCGGAGGCGUGGCUUAUCGCCCAGGAGCCGCACGUGUCCAGCAGAGACGUCGGCCACACGAUGGACGAGGUGGAGAAGCUCCUCAAGAGGCACGAGGCCUUCGAGAAGUCCACCGCCACGUGGGAGGAGCGCUUCUCGGCGCUGGAGCGCCUCACCACGCUGGAGCUGUUGGAGCUGAGGACCCGGCAACAGGAGAUGGAGCAGUUCAUCAAAGAAGAGCUGCAGUCAGAUAUGGACAGCAGGAGAGAAGACACAGGCUUCGUUGAAGAAUCUUCGCAGCUCUGCACCAUUGAGGAACAGACACUGUCUGGUUCUGGACCGGUGGAGCCCAGCUCCGCCCUGCUGAAGGAGACGGCCGGUGACUCCACGGUGCCCCUGGAGUCCGAAAUGAGGGAGAGCGGUUCUCUGGAGCUGGAACCCUCGUUCUCGGCGGUGACCCCGAGGGAACCGGAGAGGGCCGCCACCAUGCCCACGGAGACCCUCAGGGCCCAGGCCGUGCUGCAGGAGGGCGUGGUGGGCCGCAAGCACGACGUGGAGGGUUCUGGAAAGAAGGCUUCCAACAGGUCGUGGAACAGCCUGUACUGCGUGCUGAAGCCCGGUCAGCUGUCGGCGUACAAGGACGCCAAGAGCUUCGGCCACGGGACGACGUUCCACGGCGAGGACCCGCUGACCCUCCGCCACGCCACCUGGGAGCUCCUCGCCAACUACAAGAAGAAGAAGCACGUCGCCAAACUACGGCUCCGAGACGGCAGUGAAUAUCUGUUCCAGUGUAAAGACGAGGAGGAGCUCCAGCGUUGGAGCCAGGCCGUGGAGAAGGCCGUCCAACCCCUGGCGGAGGAGGAGGAGGAGGAGGCGUCGGGGCCCUCGGGGGCCAAAGCCCACAGCCUGCCCCCCCCUCCUCCCUCCUCCUCCUCCACCGCACUGCCGGAGCCCGGCGCUGCCAAGAAAGACGAGAAGAAGAAGUUCAGUCGCUUUGCCAAAAAGAAGUGAAAAGAGAAGUGAAGGCCAUCGGAAAGGGAGGGGGAGGGAGGGGCCGUCGCCGUGGCAACCUGGAAAGGGAAAGUGAUGUAUUUUGUGUACAAUCAAGUCAAAGACAGCUAUUUAAUCGCUAGAUUUAAAAAAAAUAUUAUUUUACAAGAGUUUUUUGUAGUUUAGUUUGACGCUUGUAUUUAAGCCGGUGUGUCGUUGGUCCACACUUUGUGUGAUGUUUUUUUUAAACAAAUGCCAAAUUCAAAAGCAGUUCAAUUAAAGCACAGGAAUGCUCCUUUCACACUCAACCAAAGAACGUUUGUUAAACACUUUUCAUUUUUGCCUGCUUUUUAAUCAUUUUGUUUUGCUUCAUGGUAUGGCACGCUUUCUAUAUAUAUAUAAUAUAUGUAUUAUAUAUAUGAAUAUUAUAUAUAUAUACAUAUAUAUGUAUAAUAUUAUAUAAAUAUAUAUAUAUAUAUAUAUUAAUACAUAUAUAUAAUAUAUAUAUAUGAGAGUACUGAGGAGUGCUUUUUUUAAUGAAUCUGCCUUAUGCAUUGGUGGUUAACUGUAAUACCGCUUCACGCCACUUACAGAACCAGACUGAGUAUAAUGGACACACACACACACACACACACACACACUAAAUGCUCUAUUCACUGUGAGGAGAUGGACUCGCUCAGUCGGGGUUAUUGAUCCCGUGCGGUCGUAUUCUCUGUAGUUAUGUCUGUGAACUUUAAAUAUACUCACAACACUUGUGUAUCGAACUCUACGUUUCCGAUCUAUUAAUUAGCAUAUACACACGUACAGUGUGUAUAUAUAUACACACACUGUAUAUAUAUAUACGGCUGCAUGAAGUACGUUUUACGUGAAGUUUGAUACGGCGCUAUUGUGAUAUUGUGGAAACCCCCUCAGUCAAGUCCCGACUUGACCGCCUUAAGGCUUCAACACAUGAGGAGUUAUAAUCUGAGGUGUUUCAUGAAGCUGGGAUUAAUCUGUUCUCUGAAGUCAAGUCUGGUUCACUGUGAGACCCCAAGUACUGACGACAUUCAUCCAUUCAUAAGGAGGAAACGGACACUUUCAUAUGCGAUAUACAUAUAUAUAUAUAUUCUACAUAAUAUGGAGAGUAUAUACAGAUGUAGAAUACGCAAUAUGACGUUACUUUGAAAUAUACAAUAAUAAGACCCUGUCAGGGUAUUUGUUUUACAAAUAGUUAAAUAACUAUAUACUAAAUACUUCAUAUUGUCUUCCCGCCUCUUUAAUGUGUUUAAGUGGCGUUGAAGGAGAAAACUGUUGGUGAAGAAUCUGCAGGUUAUGAAGACAGUCGCUUCAUAUUAGUUGCAGCGCAAACUGGAAUUAUGACUGAAAAAUUAGAUAAGAGUUGACACUAUUAAGUGUUUAACUGAACAUUGUAACUCUGGUUCAGCUCAGCCUGAAGUCCAGUGUCAGGAUAGUUUGAUUUAACUGGUGAUGCUUUUUAAAACACCUCUGAUAUCACACAUAUUUAAUAUACCACCAAUUACAAACAAAGAAAUGACACCAGGCAGAAAACCAGGAGUCACGGAAACGGGCAAAGUCAAGGACGAUGUGUCACACACACACACACACCUGAGGGAACGGGUCUUUAAUGUGAAAAUAAGGAAGUGAGGAUUUGCUACCUUUCAACAAAUAAAGCCAUUAUAGAGUAAUACAUAUAUAUUUAUACAUAUAUAUAUUUCUACAUAUAUAAAUAUAUGUAGUUUAUAUUAUAGAGUUUAUGUUCAGUCUGGAAACUCAUCUACAGACAUCAACGUGUCAGUCCCAGAACUACGAUGACCUCAGGUGACCUCAUUGGAGAGAUGGAGGGAUGAAGGGAUGGAGGCUGAUAAGCUCAGAGGAAAUAUGGGAGCUUCAUUAUUUAUACAUAGAAAAGGGGAAAAUAUUGUGGUGAUCUUAACACUUUUUUCUUCUGUGUGCAGAAGGCCAGUAGAACCUCACUGCUGUGCCUCCAGCACCAGUAAUAAAAUAUGUUUAAAUAAAGCACCUUUAAAUAGUUUGGGAAACUUGCAUUACAUUUAUUCAGUUUUGUUUUCAUUGGUCACGAUCUACAGUAACUUAAGGCCACUUCCUACUCCGUCUCCUCCACUCCUUCCUACCUGCCUUUUCUGUUCAGUGGUUUUUAAAAUAUGCAUUUUGUACUCUAGCUAUGUAAAAUAUCCAGAGAAUGAUGUGAACAGGAAAUAUCAAACACAUUUUGAGAGAAUAAACUUUAAAAUAAACUCCUGAAACUCGA